UGCAUCGGCAGGCGGACUCUCAACCACUGCGCCACCAGGGAAGCCCGGAAAGACAGAUUUUUAGUGCAUUGACUUUCAGCCGUAUUCUCACAUGCAAGUGAGGUCAUUAAAGAACUUCGCAUAUGGGAGUUAGUAAGAAACUAUGGUUCCUCAGUUUUGCACUAGGAAGAAAAUACUCUAAUAGAAUGUAUACUCAUUAAAUAUUGUGCUCGCAAUGUGGUAGAAAUUAAAGCACCAUCUCAGCUUUAACUGUUAAAUGAUGAUAGCUGUCAUGUAUUGAGCAUCUUAGAGUGCUAGGCAUUGUCCUAGGCACCGCACAUGGAAUGUCUCUAAUUCACACCACAACUCUAUAAGCAGGUGUUGUUAUCCCAGUUUACCCAUUAGGAAACUGAGGUUCAGAGAAGUUCAGAAACUUGCCUAAUGUUACAGAGGAAAUAGCAGAGUUGGGAUUGGAGUUCAGGUGUGACUCAAACCUGGAUGAGCCUGUUUCUAAAUACCGCAUUCUUUCCACUACCUGCGCUGGAGUUUUAAUUAUUUAAAACCCCGCAAAGAUGAGCAAAGACUAAUUCAGACUUACCUAGGCAGAUAAGAAACGAAAAAACAGGUAUGCUUACUCUAAUUAAAAGGAAAUAAAUCAAUCGCAGUCAAAAAACUGACCAAUCACUGUCAGAUUUUAAAUUUUCUUAAGCCAAUUCUAAAAUAUAUUAUAGAGAGAUCAAAUUGGCCUAGUUGUGGGUUACCCUCGUUUCCCGGCUGGGGUACCUGAAUGGGUAAAAGGGUUGCCAGGAUAUGUAUACCCUCAGCCCUCGGGGCAGCACAGUGGGAAAUGAGGAGGCCGUGCCCCAGACGAGCCCUGCUGGCCCAGAAUGGCUGGUGGAUUUACCCCAGCAAGCCAGACAAGUGUUACCCUUUUUAAUAUGUGCCAUACCUUGAAAAAAGUCAGGAAGCACUGGACUAAAGGGUACUAAUGCAGGAAAUAAUAUAAGUAAUUUUCACGUAAGUAUGAGACUGACCUCUGCUCCUGACAUCACCACCCAUUAUAAUGUUUUACAACCCUCAAGCCAGUUAAUUUUUAAGGUGUUUUAUAUUUGACUUGAAAGGAACUCGCUGGUAUUAUUAAGAUCCACACAACAUCAGGAAGAGAGACCUCAAAGUAGUGUGCUGUAAAAUAGGCAGAAGAGAUAAAUUACAGGCCCAGUUCUGCAUUCAAGUAUAAUAUUCUGUCCUUGCCAGUUUGAACUAUAUAGAUAGGAAAAUCGAUACAAAAAAAAAUUUGCAUUCAGUAUUGUCACAGUUCUCUCUGAUAGAAAAACCAAAUACUUUAGAGAUUAUGAGUAGUCAUUAAAGUAUACUAAAGUAGAGAUUGACUUACUACCUACUACUGAGUGAAGUUUUUUUUUAAGUGAAGAAAAAAGAGAGAGAGUGAAAUUUAUGACCUCUGGUUGUUAUUUGUUGUAGUGAUAUUCAGAACCCAUAUGAAUAUAUUCAGUAUCAUUUAAUAUCUGAAUAAUGUUCAGAAAAAAUCCAUUGGAAUAUUCGUUCAGAUGCUCAGUGUAUUUGUAAAUUUUACAUUCAUUACUUGUCUGCUCUAGAUUUGUUUUGAAAGUUUGUUUAGAUAAAUAUUUUUACAAAAACCACAGAACACUCUGUUACAAAGUAUUAUUUAUUGAAUGUAAUUCAUGAAAUAAUCUAUUUUUACUCCUCUUUGAGAAAUACUUGUUUUUGAUACAUCUCCAUUAAGUGCUUUGGACAUGAGAGAAUAUUUUGACGUUUUUACAGAACUGAUUGUUAAGGUAACAGGUAUAGUAAUUUAGGACACGUCACAGGUAGCUUUUGUUUUUUCAUUGAAAUGUAGACCUGGGAAAUUCCCUGGGAAGCAGAACAAGAACAAACUGUCCAUUUUACCUGUGACCUGUUUAGCGUAACAGUAAAGCCUCAGCUACUCAUUCUCACCAUCAGAUGCUAUUUUUCUAUAAACUGAAUUGUUAACUUUGCCUCUUCUGCUGUCAUUCCUCCCCUCCAUCAAGCGCUGAUAUGACAAGCAACAGACUUGGGGGAGGUAGAGGACAAAGGCAGCAUCCCCGGAGAUGGGGCAGACACAUGCUUGUUUAAAUAACUACAGUCCUUCAGAGGUGGAUUAUAAUGACAUGGGGGACAAAUGAAAUGAAAGCAAGGUAUUUUAGGGACUCUCUAAUGGGCAGGUAGGAAGAAUGCAAAAACUAUACACAGUAGGGACUGUAUGUGUGCUCUGUAAUAUUUAAAGAUAUACUUAUUUGUAUUCUUUUUGCAUUGAAAAAACAAAUUGUGUGUGAGAUAGUUUUGAAUGAAAAGUGGAAGUUCUACGUGAUAGUUUUGAAUGAAAAGUGGAAGUUCUACCUAGUUUUUGAGUGAGUUUUUUUAAAGAUCAUGAGAAUGUUACGGUGCUAAACUUGACAAAAAAAACCAGAACAUUGAAAUGCUGAUAAUUUUAGUAAUCUUUUUUAAAGCACUGAGGGGGCAAAGAUUACAAAUUAUGCCAUAGAAAAAUAAACCUAUAAAUGUGUCAAGUUACCAAUUUGACUUUCAGUUGAUUCAGUUUGUAAUAACUAUUAAUGACCUCUGUUUACAAUAAAGAUUCUGUAAAAUUGUUUGCUGUUAAUUUUUUAAUUGUUAAAAUAUUAGCAGGUUUCUACUUACUCAUAUAAAUGUGCUGAAUGUAAAUACAGCUUGAGAAUUGGACGCCGCCAGUAUUUAUGUAAUCUCUCUGGAAUCCUGGAGCUCAGAGUUAGAAGUUGUACAGACCCAGUCUGGAAACUCCUACCCUCUGCAUUGCAGAAGGCCUCGCUCUGUUGGCUUUUCCCCCAGUAUCCCAGGGGAAUGUGCACCGCUGUCUGUUGCUGUCCCCUCUGCAAGAGGCCAGAGCUUGGAGAUGAAAGGGUUGAAGGUUUGCCACAGGGCAGGCUCCAGGGCAGAUGGGUGGAGCCUCAAAGGCUCAAGUCUAAAAUCCCCACCUGGCUUGAUUCAGAGAGAGAUCCAUUUGAAAAAUCCCUAAGGACCAAAGGCAUUAUGAAAAACCUACGUCUCAGAGUCGUUACCAUGGUUAUAGGUCUUUAUUUUACUGACACAAUGACAAACCCAUCAAGAAAAAGCAGUAUUUUAUUCAAUUCCGAGUGCCAAUGGAACGGAUAUCUUCUGACAAAUUGUUCUUUUGCCGGAAAGCAUGAAAUACCUGUGGACAUAUCACAGAUAGCAGCCAUAGUGGAUGUAAGUUCCAGUUUCUUUAGGGUUCUCUUACAAACUCACAGGAAAAAAGAAGAAUGGAAUAUAAGACACCUGGACCUCAGUAACAAUCUCAUAUCGAAAAUAACCUUAAGCUCUCUUGCACAUUUUCAUGCUUUGGAAAUAUUAAACCUCAGCAACAACGCCAUUCACUCCGUGUCAUUGGAUCUACUCAGUUUUAAGUCCUUGUGGGUGAAACGCCACAGAGGCAGCUUGAGAAAUGGGCUUCCGUUUCUAAAGUUGCUCAUUCUUCAAAGAAAUAAACUCAGUGACAUUCCCAAGGGGCUGUGGAAACUGAAGUCAUUACAGAGUUUGGAUCUGUCAUUCAAUGGGAUAACGCAAAUUGGUUUGUCUGAUUUUCAUAACUGCCUGCAACUAGAAAGCCUCCAUUUAAAGAGCAACAAGAUAUUCAGAAUUCAUCCAGAAGCCUUCAAGGACCUAAAAAAAUUACAGGUUGUAGACCUCAGCAACAAUGCUCUGACCGCCAUUCUGCCGAUGAUCAUGGCUCUGGAACUUCCCCACCUGGAGGCUGACUUGGCUGUUAACCAGUGGCAGUGUGACUAUAGCGUGGAAGUCUUCCAAAAUGUUAUUUCUGAAUCCUGGAGAAAAAAGUGGAAUGCAAUUUGCAACAAGUCUAUUGGGAAGGAGGAGGCAUACUGGUGGACGCCCACAAGGCGCGUGUCCAGAGAGACCCACCUUCCUCGCACUAAUCUGAAUCAUACGAAAAGCCUCGCGACGAGCACAGCUGAGAGGCCCUGGGAAGUGCGCUUUUCCACUCUGCGCAAGAAGGACCCUGCGGGCUCUGACACCAGUGACAGGGAGAGGCGGCUGCCAGGAAGGGUUAGGAGCACCGAGGAUGUGCAAGCUGCUGGCAGAAGGGAGGACGCUUCCCAGGACCUGGUCCUGGCCGUCUGUCUGUCAGUGUCCAUCACGUUCUUCGUGGCUUUCUGCCUGGGGGCUUUUGCGAGGCCUUAUGUGGACAGACUGUGGCAACAGAGAUGCCGGAAAAGAAGUCCAGGUUCAGGGAACGUGUAUUCAAACCAGGGCUUCUGCGAUGAAAUCGAAGCUGUAGGGAACAUGGAGCAGACAAGGAUGGAUCUGCGCCAAACUUUCCACGAUCCAAACCUCUGUGAGAACCAAGCCCCACACGCGGCUGUCACUCCUGCGAGAACGCUGGCACCGAGCAGAAAGGAGGCUGGCGGCGGGCAGGGCGGAGAACGAUGCGGGGACCACACUGGGGCAGGAAGCGGGAAGGAAAACGCACUCCCAAAUCACGGUGCGGCCCGGCCCGUUCUCCGCGGAUGGCUGAAUGCUGAUGAUACCCAGCUAAUGCCGGCGGGACAGGACCGCAUCUCCAGGUAUGAUAUUCCUGGAGAAGUAAAUUAUGACACUGUGGCCGGGGAAGGUUCCCUCGGUGAGCGAUCAGUGGGCAUCCCUGCCGUGGCUGCCACAUUACAGACAAGCCCUGGCUCAAUCUGUAAGGAUUCCAACGAAUUAGGCCCACCCAUCCCCAGGGAAAUGACCACGCCUCUCUCCCAAAUGGUGGCGCGUACAAAAGCGCUGAGGGCUGGAGAGAAGGAGGGGAGAGGGGGCAGUCCACACUUCCCUUCGGAGUUUUCUAAGGAGAAUGUGAUGAGCGCACAGCAGCAAAGGCUCGAGGGCGCCGUUGACGAGGAAGAGCCCCUCGCCCACUACGGAGCGGCCACGCUCAGUGACCCAGGAGCCAAGGACCCGUCCCCACCCGUCUUCGCUCCGGGGUGGGGUCAUGACCUGCAUGUGACUCCUGCUAGCAAGGAACUAGCACAAAAGGACACGCCUGACGCUCAGUACGAGUUGGACACCGAUUCUGACGAAGGGUCUUUAUUUACUCUAAGUUCAACAAGUUCAGAAGACUGGAGAAAUGUGGCUGAAGCAGAGGCACAUGGUGAGGAGAGCUGCAGAGCCAACGAGCCCCUGGGGGACGAGGACUCAGGGGAGAGGAGGGACAAUGUCGUGUCAUUAGAGAGUCUUGAGGACAGCAUCGCCUUCCAGAAGAUUCUGGAGAAAUGUGAGAAUCAGGAACAUCAUUCUGGAAAAACUCUCAUUUCUGAUCCAGACUACGGUUUGUACGCGACUCAUCCGGAAAGUGGCUCUAACACCAAUAAAUUUAAGGAUCCAUUGACCUUGCCCAGGUCACUGGGCAACAGUCCUUGCAGUGAUGAGAUCCCAGGCAUGUCCAUUUACGACUGUGUCACAGCUCUUCAAUCCAAGGCAGCAGAGUGGCAAUGCUCACUUAGAGACUUGGAGUUUUCAAAUGUAGAUGUUUUACCACAAACGCCAACAUGUUCUGCUGAAGGUCCCUCAGAUCCGGAGAGUGCCUGUGGUGAAGGAGAUGCAGACAUUUGUAAAUAUGAACAUUACGUUCAGGGAGUAGACACAGCUCAAAGCAAUAUUCCUUCCAAGAUCGCUGUGGGGAAAAACUUAAGACCCUCACGACAAGUUUCUGAAGAGGACAACAUGAAUGGGCACUGAUGAGGGGUUCGUAUGUCCUCUUGAGGACAGUGAUUCCAGAAAGGUUAUAAGCCAAACACAAUUGUUACACUCCUGUGGUGACGAACCAGACCUUCAGUGUGAAAGGGAGUGGUGUGGUGGGAGGGGUAUUUUGAAGAUGGUGUCAAGAGCCAGGUACCACUAUUACAGAUGCUUCCAAAUGAAACCAGUUCACUAAGAACACGGGAGCAUUUCAGUGACAGAGACUGGGGUCAACAUUCAGAGCCGAAUCAGUGAAUUUGAUUCUCUAAAUUCUUCCCUAUGUUUAGUUAAUUCUAAUAUAAAACUACCAUUCACAAGACAUAGAUCAUUUAGGUAGGAAAGCACUGAGAUAUUUGAACAUCAAAGGUUCCAAUUAAUAAAUUUUACAUUAAAACUUAACACUGAUGAUGUUGCAGUUAGGAAAAGAUGAUUCUAAUUUUUAUACUCAAAUGCAGACCCAGAGAAACCUGAUGGUUGUUGGCUGUCUAUAAGCAUGUUCAAGUCCCUUCAACAUUCACAAUGAAGAACGGAAACACCACCCUGCUGCUCCCUCAGAAUACCACCUUCUUUUCUCCUUUAUAGCUAGGCUUCUCCAAGGAAUAGUCAGCAACUGUCUGUUGACACACCAGCAUACCGUGGUCAGGUUUCAGCUCACCGUUUCUUUAACCCAUGCCAGUAGAGGUCACCAACAACCUCCAAUGGGACAUGAAUGGACUCCAGUCUCAUCAGGUAAAACCUCUGCAGCUUUGGACACUGUCGGCCACUCCCAACUUGACAUUCUUUCUCUGUAGUUUUGUGACACAACUCUGUAAAGGUGAGGAUCCCAGCAGGACCCAGACGGCAAGAAACAGGGAUGACUAGAGAGAGUUUAGUGAAAGAACCAUUUGGAAAGAACCGGACAGGAUGAAGGGAAAUUAGUAAGGGAAGGUGAAGGACCUAAAGGCUAGUUAUAAAUAGGGGAAAGCCUUUCCCACACUUAGGCCUGAAGAGACAAGGGGAAUUGCAGCUACGGGUGCACAGCAGGAGCUGUGGCCUCUGGUAGAGGAACACAGCCACCAGGAAUCCAUUGUCCAGUAGGAGGAAGCCAAGAGAAUCACCACCUGAACUCUCUCCUCACCCUCCAGCCUUCCCAGUGGCUGACCUCUGCAAGCCAGAGGGCAGUCCACAGCGGUCAGCCUUCCAGGCCACAGAGCAGGACAGAGGGGGAGAAAGUCAAUUUGGAGAAGAGAUUUGGGCAAAUAGGGACCAUACAGCACGUACUUGCUUUCGAUUCUUCUACGAUUCUGGUCACUCUCAGGCUCCUUCUACCUCCUCUUUCUGUGUUUGCCUGGUAAAUACCUACGUUUCCCAGGGUUUGGUCCCAGACCUCCUUGUCUUCUCACUCAAUGUCCUUUCCCCAUGUGAGGUGUCACUUGUCAUGGCUUUUCCACCAUCACCUAAUUGCUGCUAUUCCCUGCUUCUGUAUCUCCAGCUCUGAAAUCUUUCUGGAGCUUUACACUCACAUCCAGCUGCCUGUUGGAUAUCCCCAUGGGCACUUCUAACCAAGCAAUGCCUAUGCCAACAGUGAAACUCAGCAGCAACCCCUAAUCCUCUCCAUCCACCCAGUCUGAUCCCCCGAGUUCCAUUUCAGUAUCUGCUCCAUCCAGAAACCCAGGAGUCUUCCUCUCUUCACUGCCCACAUCUAAUUAUUGGCCUAAAGGCCUGGCAUUUAAUAGGUUCUCAAUAUAUGGAUUUAUUAAAUAAAUGAAUGAAAACAAACUCUUUAGUGUGAUACACAAGGAUGUCGGUGACCUGGCCCGGCUUUCCAUUCAACUUUCCAUGUGGCAUUUAUCUCUCUGUGCCCUACCUCCUUCCUGAAAGCCACAGUUACAGACACACCAGACUAUGUCACCCCACCACGCCUUGCCCACCUGCUCCCCACAUCUGGGGGCACGUCUGGCCUCUCUGCUAAGCCCUGCCUCACCUGCCUGGCAAAUAUCUCUGCUGUUUUCGAGACACUGUUUAAGGUCACCUCCUCCAUGAGCCUUUCUUGGCUUAUUCCACCCAAGUAGAACAGACCCCUUCCUUCCUUCCU